AUGGCCCACAGCGACGUGGUUCUGGCUGUGCGCUUCUGGAUCUGGUGCAGCACGCUGCUCAUGAUCUAUAUGCCAUCGCUCUUCGUGCGCCGCAUCUACAGGGAACGCGCCGUAGGCUCCGCGUCUAUCAUCCCUAUUUUCCUGGUGCUCGCCAACUCGCACGUCUGGAUGCUCUACGGCUAUUUGGGUAAAACGUGGUUCCCAAGCUUCCCUGUCUUCCUCAUCGGCGACGUCGUUUCAUUAUGCUACCUGCUCGUCUACUGGCGGUACUCCGACCAGCGCCACCAAGUGGCCAAAACCAUCGGCCUUAUGUUUGCGUGGUUGAUGGUGCCUACUUUCUACGUGGUUGUCGCUAGCUUAGGCUUCACCGGCCAGACUAGAGACGAGAUCUGGAAGACACAGGGCUUGUGCUUCUGUGACGUCACAGUCAUUUCGAUCCACAUGCUCAUGCUCAAGAACCUCAUCUUCGCGUUCAAGCAGCGGUCCGCUGCGACGCUCGUGCCGCGUUCACUGGCUGUCACUACAUUCAAUACAUUCGGCUGGUUCACAUUCGGUCGAGUGACUUCGAACUGGAUCAUUGCUGGACCUCAAGUGUUCGUCAUUGCACUGCAUGUGGCUGCGUGGACCAUGUACGUCAUCUUCACCCGACGAACGAGGCCGGAGACAGACCUGGUUGCCAUGGAGGAGGGAUCUGUUGUCAUAAGCUGUUCCUAG